AUGAGCGAAUGCGACGAUAUAUUUGAUAUCGAGCUUCGUGAAGACGCAUUGUGCGAAAGAGGACCGAGUCCCAACUUCCGAAACCUCAAGUCUUUAGUGAUUCGAUAUACUCGAAGCCACUCUACGCAUUUUACAGGAAGUGGUGCUAGAGGUGUUAGGAUCUUUGUACGGAAUAUGCAUCGAAGACUUUUGAGGGAUAUAAGGAGAGUGCAUCGAUGGUUUAAAACCCGACUUCAGAAAGGUUUGGUUACUAGGAUUCCUAGGGUUUCUAUUGUGCCUAUGUCGAAGGACACUGGCUUGAUUGAGUCGACUGUUGAUUAUGGAAGGAUGAUUCUCGGCGCAAGUCAGCAAUAG